CGCCCCCGCCCCCCGCGCGAGCACGCGGCUGUCUUGUGACCGCGUCCGCGCGGGGCAGCCGCUGAGGGAGCUGGCAUGGCGCGGAGCGGCCGCGCACUCGGCAGGGCGCUGGCCGGCCGGCUUGGCUGCGGAGCCCCGCCGUCGCCGCCGCGCACAGCCGCCGUCAGGCACUUGGCUUCUUGUGGUAUUCUGAUGACCAGACUUCCUCCUCUGCAAGUACCUGUGCUGAGGCAUACCUUUUCCAGGACUUUCUUCAACAUUGCUGCACCACUAGCAAAUAAAAGAAAAGAAUAUUCUGAAAGAAGAAUUAUAGGGUAUUCUAUGCAGGAGAUGUAUGAAGUUGUUGCUGUGGUGGAGAAUUACAAACUGUUUGUUCCUUGGUGUAAGAAGUCAGAUGUAUUAUCAAAGCGCUCUGGGUACUGCAAAGCGCAGCUAGAAAUAGGAUUCCCUCCCAUACUGGAGAGGUAUACCUCGAUUGUUACCCUUGUGAGGCCACACUUAAUUAAGGCAUCCUGCACAGAUGGAAAACUCUUCAAUCACCUGGAAACAGUGUGGCGUUUCAGCCCAGGCAUCCCUGGUUACCCAAGGACAUGUACAUUGGAUUUCUCAGUUUCUUUUGAAUUCCGGUCACUUCUACACUCAAAACUUGCUACGCUCUUUUUUGAUGAGGUGGUGAAGCAGAUGGUAGCUGCUUUUGAGAGGAGAGCAUCCAAAGUCCAUGGCCCAGAAACAAGCAUACCUCGGGAGCUCAUGUUCCACGAAGUUCAUCAGACGUAGCUGGGGAAAUCCCAGCAACCUCCAUUAUAAACUUCUGUGCACUUCAUUUGUACAAGAGGUGUCAUGCUCCUCCUUCAGGGCAUCCAUUUCCUCUUCUACAAAGCACACCUGUGCAACCAGAUGUCUGUAAAGUGUUCAAGCUGCAAUUAAGUGCAACUUGAAGUGUUUAAUCAGUAACACCCCUCUGGCAGCUAUUGUACCAACAGAUAUCUCAGGCUGCUCUUUGUUGUCUUGCCAAAUGGUUUGUGUGAUCACAGCCCAAGUUCUGCCUUUCCAAGCUCCUUUUUUUUAAAGCAUUGUAAUCUAUUAACUCAUUUAAGUUAUUAGUGGACUGGACCUAACUGAACAGCAUUCAAAUGAAGAGAAGCUGACCUGGCUUUAGGGAGUACUAGCAGCUUGUCAGGCAUUGAGUGACAGGUGCUUUUAAUCCAAAUGAAUGCUGAGAGGUGAGUCAGGAGUCUCUAAGUGCUGUUGAAUUCUGACCCGUUAACUGCAAUAGGAGAAACACCACAUGCAGAACAUUGGAGUUUUCAUACGUUAAGUGAGAGUACAGGCAUUUGCCUACCUGCCCCUUUCACUGUUACACUGCAGGUCCAGUUCUCACUUGCAACCCAAGUUGAAAUCAAGUUUUACCUUGCGGUAACUGAGGGCAUGCAUGUGCAACACUGUAACACAGUGCUGUCCUCUAGUUACACCAGACCAGCAUACUUCAGGCCACUAAACACAGUUGAAACCUUAAAUCUCAGGAGUUUUAUGGCUCCUCUUCAGUACCAUUUAAAUGAAGAUGGUAAAUCUUAAUUGGAUCAGUGUUGAGUUCUGAUCCUGACAACGUUAAUACAGUGCAAUAUAACUAGGCUUGAAAAUUCCCAUCCUGUCUGUAUGCUGCCUUGCAUUGCCUUUUCUCACCAAAAUCGGGGUCAGGUGGUGGUGCUGGUUCUUUCUCCAGAGUACCCAUUAAUACACAUAAUUCCUACGGAACAGUGCAUUAAAUAGCAGAGGAAGGUGCAGUUCAGGACAGAGCCCUGAAGCACUUCCAGCCCACAGAAAACAAAAACAUUAAGCAUUUAAAAAUUUGCAGCCCUUCCCAGCAGAGACAACUUACCUGUUUCAUACCCUCAGGGCCUUUCCCUCCCAACACUGGGCCUGUUCCAGCCCCGGAAACCAGCAGAGUAGACAAGGCAAAACAAAGUCAGUGCACAUGCCUCAUUUUCACAGUAUUGUUUAAUAGUUGAGAACUGCACCCAGUUCAGCUUGAUUAUUUCUUAGCAAAAUUAAAGUCACUUUUAUUUCUGAGAAACAUUCUAGACAGGGGAAUGUUUCCUGGAGGGAAAGGCCCUCUCCUCUCCCAGCAGCAGAUCUCUGGUAAACCUAAGGAGCUGUAAGGGUUCCGGUGACUAUGGCUUUGUGUGCAGAUAAUAAGGUGAUACAUUUGAUGACUUUUGAUCAGGUUGUUUUAUUACAUAAAGGUCACAGAACUGUAUCUUUGCCUACUUGGUACACAAUUGUCUAGUCUCACACACAGUGGCUUCCGAGUUCUAGUACUGGCAAGCACCAAAGAAUUCUGAAACAGAAUAUCAAGUGCCUUAAGUUUGAACGGGGUCCUUGGCAGAUGGAUCUUGCACUCAGUUAUCAGGAAUGUACAAAUGUCUUUAUUCAAAAAAUACAAAAUAAAUUAUCUGUAGGCAUGGACAAUGACUGUAAACAA